AUGUAUGGCGCCCUGAAUGACGCGAUUCGUGCAAUUUUGAGAAGAUACCGCCGCACGGUGGUGAUUCACCAGGACCGCUAUUCCCAGUUCAUUCGAGCACUGUUUACCUCCUGUCCUCUAUCGGACUGUACCAUCACCAUAGGUGGAGAGCUUCCGUUGUCUGCGCGCUUCUACGGCCCACUCGCGCUCUCUGCGCCUUCACCUAGUUCGCCGUUGCCGGCCGCCGACCUGCCUUCGCCAGCAGCUCCCUCUGGUGUACGGAGUGCGUCGCCGCGAACACAGCAGGUCGCAUGCGGGUUCCCUGCAGUGUCUGAUGCAUCAUGGCCUUGGCGAGGAGAUGACGCGGAGGACUGGUUUGUCCUCGUGGAUCGGCUCAGUCUUCCUCGUGGCAAUGCCGACCAUCUGACGCAGAUAGGGGGUGCGGGACCGGGGUGCAUUCCACUGAACCGCCGCCACGCGUCGCAUGGCCACGCGGCCUCGUCAUUCAUCCAAGAGCAUCGGAGUCGCGGAUUCAGCGGGCAGGACAGUCGAGGCGAAAGGCGACGGUCACGCGCCUACCGUCCCUUCGGAGCCAUGAGGCGAAGUCGUCGUAGCCCUUCGCAGCGUUUGAUCAAGAAAGACAGCGACAGAACGGCGCGCGCAGACUCGCGGUCUGCUUCUCUUCUUUCUCUUCUCUUCGAGAGAAAUAUCCGCCCGCUUUCUUUGCGCCGUCCCUCCGCCCGCCACCUCUCGCGGGGUCUGUCGGGGGCCGCCCCGCCUCCACGUUAUGAGGCCGACCAACCUGCGGACCGCGGAGGCGCGCCGCAGCGGAGGCUUGAACGCCUCUGUUCAAUGCAGAACGAAUCCUACUACUCUUCGCCCGCACCAGACUCGGCGCAUCCAUCGUCCCUGGCCUUUCAUCGCCCAGCACGCGGGUCUGUCGCGUCUGUGUCUUACCGCCAAGCUGAUUCUUUCUCCUCUAGGGUGCAGGCCUCCGACCAGGCUCAGGAUCGACCUGAGUCUUCAUUCUUCCCGCAUGGGUCGCGGAGUACCUCUCUGCCUGCUUUUUCUUUCGCGUCGCUGCCCGGUCGGGCUUGCCGGUCUACGGAAGCGAGCGAAGACCCCCGGUUCCUCCCUCACGUCUCCGGUUCUCUCGAGUCUUCGUCCCCUGUCUCCACCUGUGACCCCGCGGCCGGUCCUGCCCCUGAUGGCCGUCGGCCGCUUAGCCUUGACUUCGUUUCGCAAAUUCUGCGGAAUCCGUACGUCGCGGCUCUGCCUGUUCAUGCAGUUCGCCUGGCUCCCGACGCGACCGUGGUGAAUGCACACAAGUUAAUUUUGGCGUGCCGCUCCCCAUUCUUCCACGAGGAACUCUCUAAGUCGUAUUGUCUCUCGCGUUCGCUGCUGAAUAUUCCGCUCAGUCGCGGUGGGAACUCGCGCGCGUCGAAAGCCCCGCGGGGGCCUGGAGCCUCUCACGGUGCAAACGAACACGGCGAAGGCAGACGGCAGAUCCCAGGGGGAGCAGACGUGUGUGGAGGUGCUGCAGCACACAUGGCGGGCUUGGGAUUUCGAGUGAGAAGGUCUUCGGAGACGUCGCCGGACCGAUCUCUGUCCUGCAAUCCGAACGUGGCAAGCGUGCAGCGCCCGGCAGCCUGCUCCCCUGUUGCUGAACUGCUGAAGUCCCACCCGUCCAUGCUCCUGCAGCUUAUUCGCUACUUGUACGCAGACGAAGUGGAGAUUCCGUUGAAAGACGUCAGCGCCUUCGUGAAGCUCGCCAAAGCGUUCAGGCUUGAGGACCUCUGGAAACGGGUUGAAGAGGAGAAGACCUGUAUCGACAGCCACAUGCAUCGGCAGAGCUCGCGGAAGGUGCUCGCCGCGCCGCAGACCCUUGGCCUGAGUCCGCGGAAAGACUUCCCCGCGAUCCUCGCUGGAGAUCUUCGCAGCGCGGUCGUCAGCAUUUUCAGGCAUGCAGAGAAACAGCUGCAUGCGAUCCAGCUGGCGCAAGAAAAAGCUCCACGCUCAAGUCGCAGCGACGGCGACGACGGCGGAGGAGGAUCGGCUGGGCGAUGCCAAAAGCCUCGCCGCGGAAGACACGAGACUAGCGGAGGCGCGGCGGAGAGACCUGCGAAUGGGAUGUGGAGGGGUGCAGGCAGAAGCAGAAACAUUCACGGAAAGCGAGGCAUGGAGCAGACAGCCACCGAAAGUGACGAAUUAGAAGACUCGCGUGGGGGCCACAGAGAGGAGAGGCAGGGUCUCACUCUCUCGGUCGACAGCCAAGAGCCGGAAGCGAAAGCAGAGGUGAUUCCCAGCGGUUGUGCAGAAGAACUAGGAGAGAAGCGAGCCAGGCAAUUGACUCACGACGAAGAUCUCACCUUCAAGAACCAAUCCCAGCACAGCACUGAGGAAGGCGGCGCCCAGAUCAAGCAAGAGCAGACGCAAGGCGAAGCGCAGACAACGAAACCACGCGGAGUAAAAGAGAGAGGCGAGGAUAGAACGCCUCACCUCUCGCUGUCAGGCAUGACAGAGGAGCGCGCGGCAGCGGGCGACCAGCAGAACAGGAAGGAGACAUGCAAGGCAAGCUUAGAAGCAGGAGCUGAAAAACAGGAGCCGGGCGGUGACUGUGGGAAGAACGAGGGGUUCGUAGACGUCUUUCUGUCUUGCGCUGACCUCUGCGUGUAUGUUGGAGCGUCGCAAACGCCUUUCCCCUGCCACAGGUUCAUCGUGGAAAAGCGAAGUGAGUAUCUCGCGACGCUUUUGCAUUCGUCGUUUCGAGAGGUUAAAGUCCCGCCUCCCUGCCCUGUAGUCCUCGACGGAACCUUGUCGCCUCUCGACCUCUCCAGCUGCGCACGCCCGCGAGCACCUGGUGAUCGGUGCCUUGAGAACUCCUCAUCUCCUCUCUCGUCCGCCCCUUCGUCCUUCCUCUCUUCAGAGACGCGUCCUCCUUAUUUGCCUGCAGCGGCCUCUUCAGCGUCUCGUUGUCCUUUGCGUUCCUGUCCCCCGUCGUCGUCAGCUUCGUCUGCAGUCUCCUCAUCUGCUCCUUAUUCCUCUGUCUCUCCUCCCUGCGUCGCUUCUACGUCUUGUUCCCGUACUUCUCCGCCUUCGCCCUCUCGGUUGGAUUCGACGCCCUCGUCACUCUCCGUGCGUUCGCCUGUGGCUGCGUCCUUCCAGUCUCUCCCAUCUCCAUUGCCGCCAUGUCGGUUGAUUAGUCCGGUCAUCGCGGCCUCGUCGGUCUCUGAUUCUUCGGCUUGUUGCGCGUCCACUGUAUCGGCUGGCUCUGUUAACUCAACUCGCGCGCCACUCCGUCGUCGAACCUCUCAUAGCCCGCCACAUCCUCUUCAAGGUGAGCCCGCUCGCUCGUCGUCAUUGCCGUCUUCUUCUGCGCUGCUUUCGGUCUCUUCGGCGGCGGCGGCGCGGCCAGCGGCGCUGCCCUCCCCCGCAUCGAAAGAGGAAGGAACGGCGCAGGAUGCGAGAUGGACGGGGCGCUAG